GUCCAUGGGAAGUGCAUGUGCAGACACAACACAGCGGGGGACCACUGUGAGAAGUGUGCACCGCUAUUCAACGAUCAGCCUUGGAAGCCAGGAGAUGGAAAAACAGGGGCACCAAAUGAAUGCAGAAAGUGUCGCUGCCACAGCCAUGCUGAUAGCUGCCACUUCGACCUGAGCGUGUGGCUGGCAUCGGGAAAGCGCAGCGGGGGAGUCUGCGACAACUGCAAGCACAACACAGAGGGACACCGGUGCCAGCGGUGCAAACCGGGGUACUACCGAGAUAGAAGUAAACCCAUGUCUUCUGCAGAGGUCUGCAAACAUGGCAGGCAACUGUACCCCAAACUUGAAAUCCUGAGAUUUGCUGAGUGGCUACUAGUUUUGCUGGUCCUGCAGAUGUCAUCAGUUCCUACUGACUUCUACAGCUACGACAAUGAACCAUUCUUUAACAUCCCCAUUGGAGGACGAAUCCCUGACCUUGUGCAAAUGCCAACUAAUGAGAGUGAAGAUGAGUGGAAAUGGAAUGACCAUGAGCAGGGAUUUUCUGCACUGAGACACCCAGAAAAGUGUGUAUGCAAAGAGAGGGUGCUUGGAAGCGUCACUGAUUUCUGCCAAAUGAAAUAUGCCUACGUGAUAAAAGCAAGAAUCCUAUCAGCUCAUGACAAAGGAACCCAUGCAGAAGUUGUCGUGAAAGUGAAGAAGGUCCUGAAAUCAGGCAAAGUAAAAAUUGCUCGGAGCAACAGAAGCAUUUACCCGGAAUCCUGGACCAACAGGGGAUGUACCUGUCCCAUUCUCAAUCCUGGUACUGAUUAUCUCAUAGCAGGCCAGGAGGACUCUAGGACCAACAAACUCCUUGUGAAUAUGAACAGUUUGGUGAAACCUUGGAAAGCAUAUUUGGGAAAACAAGUGGCAGACAUUCUUCGAACGGGAUGCAAGUAA